AUGCAAAUUCUUACUAAAAGUUUUUCACCUCAAAUAGCUCAUACACAGACAACUACUGUCUAUACUCAUGUAGGAUCAGAAUUUGCCACGGCGGUUGCUCAUUCCACUUCAGAUUCAACACCUGAUAGAGCAGUUAUUACUACAAAUGUCACAGCUACAGCACCAGUAGCAUCUGACAAUAAUGAAGGAAAUAAAGAGCUAAAACAUGCACAAUUUCAGCUAAGCACCGUUACUUGUCAUAAAGUUAAGUACACUGGAAUCGGUGCUGCUGAAAGCUCCAUUGAGGAAAAUGAAAAUGUGACAUCGCAAGCAGAUAAGUUAGAAGAUAUAACUGAAGUCAUUUUUGAAAAAACAGUUCGUUGUACUUUGUUCUCAGAUCCUUUUUUGGAUGAAGAAUUACUAUUGGAAAACUUGCCGAGGUUUGAACAGCACAACGCAGGUGGUGUUUCACGUGAGUCAGUACGUACUUCAAAUUUGACAUUGGCGAAAUCACCGUGUACAAAACGGGAUCUUGAGACCUGCAAUAUCGAUGGACAUAUUUCAAAGCAACGAAAGCAAAGCCUUCACUCGAAAAUCAGCCAUCGUAAUAUGGAAUUGUCAACUCGGAUAUUAAAUGACAGAAGAUCAAUAGGAUUUCCUGUGAUGACUUCUUUCCACCAUUUGAAUGACAAUAAUUGGCGGCAACAUUCCCAACAUGGUUAUCUUUCCAAAUCUCAUCCUCCACAACUAUUUUCCACGUUCGACAAUUUUUCUCGUAACCGAGAACGAAAUAACUACGACAAAGUAUCUUAUUCAUCAAAAAAUAGCCGAAGCAACCAGUUACAACUGAGCAAGAGUUUCCAAUGGAUAAUAUGGAUCCUAACCGAGACCACUCUAUCAGCAAUAGUUGUGAAUGGCGAUCCAAUUCAAGAAUGUCGAACAAUAACUUGUAUACGAACAGAUCGUGUAGCACAUGGUUCACAUGAUGCAAUGCAUACAAUUUUACAAGAAAAUAAUUCCGAAAGUUGUUAUGAUUAUGUGACAUCUGAUGAUAAGAGAAGUCACGGAGCAAUAAUUUCUGAUAAUUUAACUCAUCGAUCUUUAAAAAAAAAUGGAUCCAACAAAUCUCGCAAUUCUCCACCAAUACAUCUAGCCCUGAAAUCUCAGCAUGAAUUAGCAGAAAAUAGUAGUACUGAAGUUGAAUCAUCGAUUAAUUCGAAAUCAGAUUCACUUUCAACUCCAACGGAGGUCGUUAAUGGAUUAGAGGAUGAAGCAGUGGUAAAGAAUGAUAAAGGCAAUCAAAACUAUAGACUUCAGCAGAGUUCGGGUAGUGCACUAAAAUCAACACAAAACAUUGAACAGCUGACAGAUUUGUUUGAUGAAAACAUUACUGUUGAUGAAAAAGUAGCACUAAGAGUUAAAAAGACGACUAGAAUGAGUGAGACUGCGCAAGGAAGAAAUCACGUAGUAGUGGAUAAGUUAGUGAGUUGUGCGGUCAUUGUUGUGCGUUUGCUUGCGAUCUGA